AUGGGUGCUAGUCGGAAGUUACAGGGCGAAAUCGACCGAGUUCUGAAGAAAGUUCAGGAAGGGGUAGACGUGUUCGACAGUAUUUGGAACAAGGUGUAUGACACGGACAAUGCUAAUCAGAAGGAGAAAUUUGAGGCCGAUUUGAAGAAGGAAAUUAAGAAGCUUCAGAGAUACAGAGACCAAAUCAAGACCUGGAUUCAGUCCAGUGAAAUUAAGGAUAAGAAGGUUAGUGCCUCUUAUGAGCAGGCUCUCAUGGACGCUCGUAAGCUUAUCGAGAAAGAGAUGGAAAGAUUUAAAAUAUGUGAAAAGGAGACCAAGACAAAAGCUUUUUCCAAAGAAGGCCUGGGACAACAGCCUAAAACUGACCCAAAGGAGAAAGCUAAGUCGGAGACGAGAGAUUGGUUAAACAAUGUGGUGAGCGAGCUGGAAAAUCAAAUCGAUAGCUUUGAAGCAGAAAUGGAGGGCCUCUCUGUAAAGAAAGGAAAGCAAAGACCACCUCGAUUGACACAUUUGGAGGCGUCUAUCACGCGACACAAGGCACAUAUAAUGAAAUUAGAAUUGAUUUUGAGACUGUUGGACAAUGACGAAUUAAGUCCUGAACAGGUCAAUGACGUGAAAGAUUUCCUGGAUGAUUAUGUAGAACGUAAUCAGGAGGAUUUUGAUGAAUUCAGUGAUGUGGAUGAGCUUUACAGCUCUCUUCCUUUAGAAAAGGUAGAGUCUCUUGAAGAUCUUGUGACCAUGGGACCUCCUGCUCUUGUCAAGGGUGGUAAUACGUCCAAUGCAGCUUUAAGCAUGAAAAAUCAUUUGGCCACGCCCUCUGCCCAAGCACCUGCUUCGGUUACAACUUCCAGUCAUCAAGGUGUUUCAGCCCAAGAGCUAGCUGAUGAAACUGCUUCGCAUGACAGUAACCCAGAUGUUAUAGCUAGAACUCCUCCUCCUAAGACCAGCCCAGUUGGUUCAGCUCCAGCGACACCAGUAGGAAGCCAUGCCACUCCUGGCAUUGUGAAAUCUUCAAAUGACUUCCUUGGUGCGUCAACUGCUUCCUCUGGUCAUUUUGGUACGAGCUCAUCUGGUGUUCUAUUAGAUAGUGCAAGUGUUACAGUUCCUUCAUCUCCAGUAAGUAUUCCUAAUUCGGUAAAGGAGGAAGACAUCACGUGUUUACCUGGUCGUAAAGCUUCUCCUGCAAUUGCCGAAGCUGCAUUACGAGGGGUUAGCAGAGGUGGAUUUUCCAAUUCAUCCUCGAGUACUGUUCCACUUACUUCUGGAAGUGCUGCCUCAAGCAAUAGUGGUGCUGGUGCUGUUACAUCGGGCAGUGAAAUAGGAAAAAAGAUUAUGCUCGGAGGUGAGGAAAGACUGGGAAGUAGUGGCAUGGUGCAGCCUUUGAUUUCUCCAAUGGGCAAUAGGAUGAUGAUGUCACAAGGGCCCAAGACUGGUGAUGCCAUUAGCUCUGCUGAUGUUGGGAAUGCUGAGGCUGCGUCUAUGGGUGCACGAAUGUUUUCUUCGUCUGUAGUUCCUGGCAUGCAAUGGAGGCCUGGGAGCUCCUUCCAGAACCAGAAUGAAUUGGGGCAGUUUCGUGGAAGAACAGAAAUUGCUCCUGACCAAAGGGAGAAGUUUCUCCAGCGAUUUCAGCAGGUCCAACAGGGUCAAAAUAAUCUUCUUGGUUUGUCACUUGCUGGAGGGAGUCAUAAACCCUUUUCCGUUCAGCAACAAAAUCCCCUUUCGCAGCAGCAGCAGCCGAGUGCUGUACACCUGUCAUCAAAUCAGGCAACUCAGAUGUUGGGGGCAUCUAGGGAUGCGGAUGCUGGUCAUGCAAAGGUGGAGGAGUUGCAUCAACAAACUGCAACUCCUGAGGAUUCUUCUGAGUUUAUUCCUAGUUCUGGGCAUGUUAGGAAUCUUGUAGCAGAAGACAAUAUGAAGGCUUCAUAUGGAAUGGAUUCUCCUGCUGCAAUGGCUGGCAACCUUACUGAAUCAUCCCCUCAGAUGUCAAGGGAUGUUGAUUUAUCUCCUGGUCAACCAUUACAACCUAGUCAACCAUCUGGAAGUCUUGGUGUCAUUGGUCGAAGAAGUGUGGCAGACCUGGGUGCAAUUGGUGAUAAUCUUGGUGCUGCCCCUGCAACUUUUGGAGGAACUCAUGACCAGAACUACAAUUAUCAAAUGCUUGAAGCAGCAUACUAUAAACUUCCGCAGCCCAAAGAUUCUGAACGUGCAAAGAAUUAUACUCCAAGACAUCCUGUGUCAACUCCUUUGAGCUACCCACAGGUACAGGCACCAAUUGUCAACAAUCCUGCCUUUUGGGAACGCCUUGGCGCUGAUAAUUAUGGCACAGAUACGCUCUUCUUUGCAUUUUACUACCAGCAGAACACUUAUCAGCAGUAUCUUGCUGCUAAGGAAUUGAAGAAGCAAUCGUGGAGAUACCACAGGAAGUAUAAUACUUGGUUUCAGAGACACAAGGAACCAGAGGUUGCCACAGAUGACUUCGAACAGGGGACAUAUGUUUACUUUGAUUUUCAUAUUGCUAAUGAUGAGCAGCAUGGAUGGUGCCAGAGAAUCAAGACGGAGUUCACAUUUGAGUACAAUUAUCUAGAGGACGAGCUUAUAGUAUAG